AUGUCCGCUAACCAAACUGAAGCAACAUUUCCGCCAACCUAUCUCAAUGGCAACUACAUUAAGCGUGCGCUGGAAAGUCAUUUUAAUGGCGCCAACGUAAGCAGCAACAAAUGCAAAGUACAAAUAUUGGAAUGCCACUGGAAGCGGGCAACGGAGGAUUGUGAGAAUUUUUGCAGUGUCAUCUAUCGAGCAAAUGUGCAUUUCCACUUGCACUGCGCAGGUGCGCAAAAUUCGAAUGAAAAACGCGAACUAACGGUUAUUGUGAAGGACGUUAAUAGCGAUGUAGCCGAAGAGGGUUCAAAUGAGUGGGCAAUGUAUGAGCAUGUACUGCCGGAAAUGCAGAGCAUACUAGAGAAAGCUGCUAAGAAAAAUCAAAAUGGAGAUGCGGCAAUAAGGCCGAAACUUUAUGCAAAUUGCUUGUUUUGUGAACACAAUGAGAAGGAAAUUUAUGUUUUAGAGGACCUUAACCUCACUGAAUAUCAGAGCGCAAAUCGUUUUAUUGGCAUGGAUUUGGAAGAAGCGAAGAUUACAUUGAAGAAACUCGCACAAUUUCAUGCUGUCUCAAUGAAGUAUAUAGAAAAUUUCCCUACUGAAUCAGCUGCACUCCGACCAUCAACCUUUGACUGUGAAAUGGACAUUGAAAACGAUGGACUGGAUGGCAUACGUGCAUCUUAUAAUAUUGUCACAGAAUGGAUAGACUUCGAAGAUAUUGCGGCAAAAAUGCAUAUAUCUGUAAAAAAAUUUGAUGAAUGUGCAAAGAGAAUAAUGCGACCAGAACGUUGUAAUUUCAAGGUUAUUACACAUGGUGAUCUAUGGUCAAACAAUAUACUCAUUAAAUACGCGACAGUGGAAGGUAUGCAGGUGCCACAUGAUGCGGUGUUUGUCGACUUUCAAGUGGGCUUCGUUGGCAGCUGUGGCUAUGAUCUAAAUUUCUUUCUCAACACUAGCACACAAUUGAAUGUUUUGAAGCUACACCGCUUUGAACUGCUACGCUUUUAUUACACCCACCUAAAGGAGACUCUCAAACAUUUAGGUACCGAAGCUGCUGCCAUACCCAGCUGGCAAAUGGUGCUGGAGGAAGUUCGUGAUCUUGAAUUUGUUGGUUACUAUGCCUUGACUUGUGAACUACCGACAUGCUGUAUGAAUCGGGGCAUUUCACCAGAUUCACCAAAGAUAUAUGAAAGCAAGCGCUUUUUAGAGAUGUUGCGUUAUGGAGUAGAUCGUCUUAAUGAAUUGGGUGUAUUGGAUUUGUAAUGCUAUUUUUAUGCGACUUCGACAAAUUCUUUAACUUUCCAAAUUUA